AUGUCCAAGGGGAAUAUUACUACAGUGACUGAGUUCAUUCUCCUUGGCUUCACAGAACAUCAAGAGAUCAACGCGGCUCUCUUUGUGCUCUUCCUGGCAAUCUACGUGGCCACUCUGGUGGGGAACAUCGGCAUCAUCACAUUAAUCUGGAUCACUCCUGGUCUGCACAGCCCAAUGUACUUUUUCCUCAGCCAUCUGGCCUUCCUAGACCUCAGUUAUUCCUCUGUCAUUACUCCCAAGAUGCUGGCCAAUUUCUUAGCAGAGAAGAAGACUAUUUCAUUUGCAGGAUGCAUUGCCCAAAUGUAUCUGUUUGCUUCCUUUGCAGAUGCAGAGUGCCUCCUGCUGGCUGCCAUGGCGUACGACCGCUACAUGGCCAUUUGUAACCCACUGCUCUAUCCAGUUCUCAUGUCCCACAAGGUUUGUGUCUGGCUGGUAGCUGGCUCCUAUCUCACGGGCAGCAUGAGCUCACUGGUGCACACCUGCUUUACAUUCCAUCUCUCCUUCUGCAAUUCUAAUGUCAUCAAUCAUUUCUUCUGUGACAUCCCUCCAUUGUUAGCCCUCUCUUGCUCCAACCCCCAUUUCAAUGAAAUCCUGCUCUUUGCCCUCUGUGGUUUCAUCCAAACUAGCACUUUUGUCUUCAUCCUUAUCUCAUAUGCCUGCAUUCUCUUCUCCAUCUUGAAGAUCCCCUCUGCUGACAGCUGCCACAAAGCCUUUUCGACUUGCACUUCCCACUUGACAGCAGUUGCUCUUUUCUAUGGCACCCUCCUUUUCAUGUAUCUACGUCCGAGUUCGAGCUAUGCCUUGGACACAGACAAAAUAAUCUCAGUAUUUUACACUGUGGUGUUUCCCAUGGUGAACCCCUUGAUCUAUAGCCUGAGGAACACAGAAGUGAAGGAUGCCUUGAAGAGAACAUUGGAGAGAAAUUUGUGCCGUCGUUAG